GUCACAUUAAAGGGAAAUUAAAAUUGUCUAACCAUUUACUCACCCUCAUGCCAUCCCAGUAUGUCUUUCUUUCUUCUGCAGAACACAGAUGAAGAGUUUUAGAAGAAUAUCUCAGAUCUGUAGGUCCAUAAAAUGCAAGUGAAUAUUGACCAGACCUUUUGAAGCUUCAAAAAUCACAUAAAGGCCACAUAAAAGACUAGUGGUUUAAUCCAUAUCUCCAGAAGUGAUAUGAUGGGUGUGGAUGAAAAUUAGAUCAAUAUUUAAGUUUUUUUUUUUUUUUUUUUUUUUUUAUAACUAUAAAUUCUCCUCCCUGCCCAGUAGGUGGUGAUAUGCAAAAAAAUAAUGUGAAUUGCCAAAAACAGAAGAAGAAGAAUGUGAAAGUGAAGAUAUAUAGUAAAAAAGGAUUUAAAUAUUGAUCUGUUUCUCGUCCACACUUAUAAUAUCGCCUCUGAAGAUAUGGAUUUAAUCACUGGAGUCAUAUGGAUUACUUAUGCAGCAUUUGUGCUUUUUGGAGCUUCAAAUGUCUGGUCACCAUUCACUUGCAUUGUAAGGACCUACAGAGCUGAGAUAUUCUUCUAAAAAUCUUUGUCUGUGUUCAGCAGAAGAAAGAAAAUCAUACACAUCUGGGGUGGCAUGAGGGUAAGUAAAUGAUGAGAGAAUUUUCACUUUUGGGUGAACUAACCCUUUAACAACAUCACUGACAUUGCCAGAAAAAAAUAUUUUGCAUAAACAUUACGUUACAUGUUUUUAUUUUAUAUAUAUAUAUAAAGUUAACAUAUGAUUCACAAAUUGUGAAAAUCUGGUUUACAGAGAGCACAUUUUUCUUGUGUAUAUGGAAUUUGCCAAGUAUAUUUAAUUUCAGCGACGUUGGUUCUUGCUGAUCAUUGAUGACUGGAGGAUUACGUCAUUAUCAUCCAGCAGUAUAAACGUUUCUGAUUGGCUGUUAUUGGCGGUGACCUGGCAACCGAGAGAGGGUUUACAGACGCUUAUUUAUUCUGUAGGAUAUUCAGCUUUAUUUGACGCACAGAUCGCGUACUCAUAUUGACAACCUGCGAUUCCUUCGACACUAGCUGCUCUUCCUCCAUCGACAGAGAGGAUGUCGACGAGAACGCUGCCUCUGCUCUUCAUUAAUCUGGGUGGAGAAAUGCUGUACAUUCUGGAUCAGCGACUGCGGGCUCAGAAUAUCCCAGCAGAUAAAGCCAAGAAAGAUGACAACUGUGAUGUAUAUAGCCGAUGCUGUAUAAUUUAGUCAAUUUCCUCCUAGGAUCACUUUCAGUAUCAUCUUUUUGAUUUGCAAUCUUGAAGCCCCUGUAGCAGAUUGGCUAGAGGAGGACAGGAAAAGAGGUAUUGUUAAUAUUCUGCUUGCUUUGCUGCUGGCCGUAGAACAAAGUAGUGUGAGUGUUCACAUGCAGCUCUCAUAGGCUCACUUGCUCUGUGUAGAUGGAGAUGGGAUUUCGUGGAAGAAUAAGAACCCCUACAAUUCAGGCAGCUUUUUUUAAAUGCUGUGGUAUAACCUAAAUCCUCCAUGUGGCUAAAUUUAUUUGCAGUAUUUCUGCCAUCCACAGUCAACAUGCGAUGACAGUUUCCAGCUCGCUGCUCUUAAACAUCUGCCAAGACAAUAAAAGUUCAUUUUUAACUUCAUUUUGAUUAUUAUUUAUUUUAUUUUCCUCUGCAGUACAGCUUACUACAGACUGCACUCUGCUUGCUUGGUUUUCACUUUUGUAUUUGCACAGAAUUGCUUCUGACCUACUUACUACAACGGUUCCUGUGUUUUGUAUUAUGAUAGUUAUGAAUGAUAUCAUUACCACCAUGUUUAAUAAGAAGUUCCUGGAGGAGCUGUUCAAUCCACAAGAGCUGUAUUCCAAGAAAGCCUUGAGGACGGUGUUUGAUCGACUGGCUCACGCUUCAAUCAUGCGACUCAACCAAGCCAGUAUGGACAAGCUUUAUGACCUGAUGACCAUGGCAUUUAAGUAUCAAGUCCUGCUGUGUCCUCGUCCUAAAGAUAUCCUCCUUGUGUCCUUCAACCACAUGGAUGCCAUCAGAGACUUUGUAAAGGACACUCCCAGCAUCCUGAGCCAAGUGGAUGAAACAAACAGACAACUCAUUGAGAUAUAUACCCCAUUAUCUGGUGGAGAGUUUCAGCUAAUUAGACAGACACUCCUCAUCUUCUUUCAAGAUAUGCAUAUAAGAGUAUCAAUUUUCCUAAAAGACAAAGUGCAGAACUCCAAUGGACGAUUUGUCCUCCCCACUUCAGGGCCUGUUCCUUAUGGGACACACUCCCCGGGACUCAUCAGGAUGUUUAGAUGUACUGGCGAGGAGGUGAAAAGUUUGCAGUUCCGUGACGGUGGCAAUUACAACAGCGCUCUCCGUGAGGGUUCUUUUGAAAUGUAUGGUGAUCGAGUCAUCAAACUGGGCACAAACAUGUACAGUGUGAGUCGCCCUGUUGAGACACACAUGUCUGGAACCUCCAAAAACUCCUCACAGCACACUAAGGUCAACACUACUCCAAAUCCUCUGGCAAAAGAAGAAUUAAACCUCCUUGCUAGACUGAUGGGAGGUUUGGAAGUGCAGAAUCCAGCCAGUACGGACACUGGCUUCCGUGUUAACCUUUUCGCCACUGACGAGGAGGAAGAGGAAGCUUUGAUAUCAAGACCUGAUGACCUUUCUUAUGAAGUUAUUAAUAUCCAAGCAACAAAGGACAAACAGACUAAUGCUGUGCUGGCUAAGAUCAUGGGGGAGUUUGGGGAGGCGGUAGAGCCCGCCCCCAGUUCCAGCAGCAAGGGUGAUGACCUCCUGGCCAUGAUGGAUGGUCUGUGACUUAGACUUGAUGUUGACUUGAUGUUCCCUUUGGCUGAGGAGAGUGACUGAGUGUUUAAACAGGAUAACGUGCUACAUUGUGCACUGUCUUACUCAGCAAAGAAGCCUUUUGUCUCUACAGAGGCAACAGGUACCUUUAACACACGCAUUUGAAGUUAACGUUAGAAUGACAGCUAAGCUCAAGAGAUUCCCUUUGUGAAUUUCAUGCAAGUUUUCGUCUCCUGCUACCAAAUGCAAAUAAAUGCAAAUAGCAGAUGUAGAAAUUCAAUAUGCGUCUUGCUGUGGGACCACAUUCUUUUUUUCAUAAUCAGUUUGUGGAGGCUUUGCUGUCCAUAUCAUCAUGUAGACUAUAUCUUCACUGUAGUGUCGGUCAGAAUGUGAGGCGUCUCUGAUGCUUUGAUGCUACAGACACGUCUGUGACAUUUCCAUCACUGAAAAGAAUGAUACGCCUUUUCAUGAACUGUAUUAGUUGUCUAAGAGGACAAUCUGUUUGAAUGGAAUUCAUUUAAAUCUUUUGUUUGAUGUGCUACUGAGAGGUGCAGGAUAUGCUUUUCAAGUAAGCUAUAUUUGUGGUGUAUCCAAACAACAAGCAGUGCUUAAAGGGAUAGCUCACCCAAAAUUGUAAUUCUGUCAUUAUUUACUCAACAUGAUGUUGUUUCAAACCCAUACAACUUUCUUUCUUCAGGGGAACACAAAAGGAGAUGUUUGGCAGAAUGUUAGCCUCAGUCACCAUUCACUUUCAUUGUAUGGACAAAAAUGCAAUAAAAGUGAAUGGUGACUGAGGCUAAAAUUGUGCCUAACAUAUUCUGUUUUGCUUCACGGAAGACAGAAAGUUAUAUAGGGUUGGAACAACAUGAGGGGGAGUAAAUAGUAACAGAAUUUUGGGUAAACUAUCCCUUUAAAACUUUGGGGGUUAUUGCAGGAAACCGAAGUGCACUUGCAGUAAAUAUUUAGCACACAUCUCAAAACUGGUUUACAGGAAGCCCCAGGACAAUUGAUGUAUGUUUGUUUGUCAUUAUUUAUAGGGAGGCAAAUAAAAAUGCAACAAAGUCAUUACAAUGUCAAGAAAUUGUCACAAUUUAAAUACUAUGUUGUCAUUUUAGGAUGUGCAAUUAUUGCAUAAUGUAAAGGGAAAAUGUAUACAUGACUGCCAUCUUCCAUGGAAAGAAAGAAAACAAUGCAAUAUGUGUGGUGGAUGAAAUUGUUUAUAUUUUUCACAAGCAUAAUAGAGUUUAUUUAUUAAAGUGAAUGUACUGUAAAUCAAAGUUUAGUUGUGUCUGUUUACUUAUGCAGGGCCAAAUUAUUCAAAAUUAAAUCAUUAAAUAAAUAUUUAAAUAAAUAAUUAAAUACAUAA